AAAUAGCAACUCAUUUGAAAAACACACUGUUUUCACAUAAUUCCCUUAUAAAUAGGUGAGCGAGAAUGAUGGGAAUAAACAUAACCACAAACAAUAUUCCCAUAUAAACAAAUAGCUUUCAUCAUCCAUCUAAGAUCCCCUUAAUUCUGGUAGCAAAAGAAGAUGGUGCCGACUUUGCUGAACUACUUGUUUGUCACCAUAAUUGGAUGGUUAUUAAUCAUGGCAACAUCUACACCAGCUCCUCCUCCAAGUCCUCCUUGCAAAAAAAACUGCGGAGAUCUAACGAUCCCAUACCCUUUUGGAAUGGGAUCUCCGAAAUGUUUUCUCAACAAAUGGUUCGAAAUUUCAUGUACAAACUCCAAGGCUCUCCUCAAAAACAACAACCAACUACAGCUGCUUAAGUUCUCAUUGUCCGAUGGUGAUUCUGGCGAGAAUAAUGGCGCAGUCGGCCAGUGGGCUCAGCUGAGAAGCCCCAUCACUUUCUUCGAUUGCGCCAACAAAACAACAAAAUUUCCUGCAAACUUGACAGGAACCCCAUUUUUCUACACAUCGAGCAAUGAAUUUCUCGCAGUGACCUGCGGCGCGCGCGCAAAGCUGGAAACAACGACAGGUAACAGGUUCUAUGGCUGCGCCAGCAGUGAAUCCAAUAGCAGCACAACAUUAAGUGGUGUUGAUUUUGUUAACUGUGAUAGCAUCAAGUGUUGUACUACCACUUCCUUUACUUCGAGCAUUGGUGUCAGCGUCGAAAUCUCUAUGGAUAAUUCUACUCUGACAACAAGUGGUGGUAGCCAAUGCAAAUAUGCAUUUCUGAUGGAUCUGAAUUCACUCAAUGAAACAUUCAGUGAUGAUCGUGAGUAUGUUCCUGUCCAAAUAAGUUGGCGACUCAACAGUACGUUGCGUGAGAUUUAUAAAUCAGAUGAAGUCAUGCCAAACAGCUCUACCGCAUUCUACUGUAAAAAUUCCUCAGUGACCAAUCUAACAUAUAGUUGUCACUGCAAAUCUGGAUAUCAAGGAAAUCCCUAUGUUGUUGACGGGUGUCAAGAUAUUAACGAAUGCGAGUCGAAAACACGAAAAUUUUGCCAAAAUCAGAAAGGCACUUAUUGCUUUAAUACAAUCGGGAGCUAUGAAUGUAAACACAAGACUUAUAAACCGAAGUUUUUCUUUCUGGGUUUUGCGGCUGCUGUUGGAGCAUUGGGUCAAAUUUUUGGUACAUGGAGAUCAUACAAACUCAUAAAGAAAAUAAAAGAAAUUAACUUGAGGAAUACAUUUUUCAAACAGAAUGGUGGUCCUUUGUUGGAACAAUUUACUAUUGAAGCCAACAAUCUUGAAACUCAAGACAACAAUAUUGAUGAAGCGAAUAGUAGUCUUGAUAUUCAAGACAACAAUGUUGAUAUUCAAGACAACAAUGUUGAUGAUCAAGCCAACAAAAUUGAUAAAGUCAAGUUGUUCUCCUUAGAAGAGUUGGAGAAGAUUACUGAUCAUUUUAGUCGAGGCAGAAUUGUUGGCCAAGGAGACCAAGGUAGCGUCUACAAAGGAAUGUUGGAAGAUGGAACAAUUGUUGCCGUAAAGAAAUUCAAAUUAGUUGAUGAAGCCAAACUCGAUGAAUUCACUAAUGAGGUUGCCAUUCUUUGGCAAAUCAAUCAUAUAAAUGUCGUCAAGUUAUUGGGAUGUUGUUUGGAGACAGAUGUUCCAUUUCUAGUUUAUGAAUUUGUACCGAACGGCACACUUUCUGAUCAUAUACAUGAGAAAAUGGAGUUUACUCUUACAUGGAACAUGCGAUUACGAAUAGCAAUCGAUGUUGCGACAGCUCUUUCAUACUUACAUUCAGCAACUCCUUCACCCAUUAAUCAUUGGGAUGUCAAGUCUACAAGCAUACUCUUAGAUGAAAAAUUCAGAGCAAAACUUGCAAACAUUCGCAUAUCAAAAUCUUUAGAGCAAUCUUAUUCUACUACACCAGCUUUCGAUACAUUUGGUUAUCUAGAUCCAGAGUAUUUUGAAUCUAACCAAUUUACAGAUAAGAGUGACGUUUACAGUUUUGGAGUGGUUCUUGUCGAGCUCUUGACUGGACCGAAAGCAAUAUCUGCAAGAAGGUCAGAGGAAGAAAGAAGCUUGGCAACUUAUUUCAAAACGACGAUGAAGGAAAGAAAUGGUCUCUUUGACAUUCUCGAUGGUCAAGUUCGAAGAAAUGCACCAAAAGAAGAGAUCUUAAAUGUUGCUGACCUUGCCCUGAAAUGCUUACAUGUGAGUGGAAGGGCUAGACCUACCAUGAAGCAAGUGGCAAUGGACUUGAAGAAGAUAAAGGUCAAUGAUAAAGAUUUCAAGGGUGCCGAACAUAAUAAUAAUGAAGUGCUAAAAUAUGUGUCACUUGAAAAUGUAGACAACUCUCUUAAUGAUUCCACGUCGUUAGUAGGAUCAUUUUUUGAUUGUACUGCUUGUACUUCUUAAUUGCCUUAAGAUACAUCCUAAGCUUUAACAAAUAAUAAUAAUAAUAAUAAUAUCCUUCUUGUAGUA